AAGAAGAAGAAGAAGAAGAAGCAGCAGCAAGAACAGUGAGUUAGUUAUACAAAUAUUUGACAGAGUUGCCAUUUGAAGAAAGUAUACAGACCAUUUGAACAAUAAGCGUGAUUACGGCAAGUGGAUAUUAAGAGAAGUUAAUCUGCUUAGGUGGCGAUCUGGCAAAACGUUACAGUACAAGCAAACCAACCAAUCCAGGAAAUUGUGUGCUGCUGCUUGUUACAGGAAAAGAAGACGUCAUGCAGCCCUCUAACGUCUGUUGGUCCUUGAUGAUAUGGAUGGUCCAGCUGGCCUUGAUGUUUCUCACUAUUCAAGCUCAAAACUGCACCAAACCCAUAGGAGGGCCAAACAUGGUUUUGUCAAAUGACUUCAUCCUUCAAGAGACAUUUGUAGACGGAGCAACAGUCACUUUUGACUGUACAAUUGGAUAUGUCCGUGCAGGAGGGUCUCGUACAGUCACCUGUACUGCUGGCGUGUGGAGUGAAGUGAAACUGAAAUGCGAAAGGAAGUCGUGUGGCUCCCCAGGAGAAGUGAUGAACGGCAAUUUUGAUCUCUCUGAGGGGGUCUUGUUUGGCGACAAGGUUGUUGCUACCUGUAACACUGGCUAUUUGCUUGUGGGCAGCAGUGUAAGGACCUGUAUGGACGGAGGCUGGGAUGGCAGAGUUCCUGUAUGUGAAGUGGUGAAGUGUGGAAAGCCCCCCACCAUUGUCAACGGUGGGCCUGUUGUCCCACCUGAAGAGACGUAUAACUAUGGAAGUGUAGUGCAAUAUGGCUGUGAGAAGGAUUACACUCUGGUUGGAACAAAAUUCAUAACCUGCUCUGAGAAUGGAGAAUUCCAGCCAGCUCCACCUGAGUGUAAAAUGGUCUCAUGUCCUCGUCCUGUUGUUGAGAAUGCCGUUCGGAUUGAAGGCCGUCCCCCCUAUAUGUACAAGUCUUUUGUGACAUAUAAGUGCAACGCUGGAUAUGAGAUGGAUGGACAAGCCAGUCUGACCUGUGAAAUAGAAGGCUGGUCAGCUCCUUUCCCUACAUGCAGAGCCCUUCUGACUACAACAAAGCCCCCUACUACUACGAAGAGAACCACAACCCAAGAAGAGCAUGUACCUGGUCCCACUGAUCAAACCCCGAAGCCCAGCGACAACACUGGGUUAAUAGCAGGCUGUGUUGUAGGUGUACUUGUCGUACUUGGUGUUGCAGUAUUUGUAUUCUACAAAGUUAAACGAAGCUCUCGAAGUGGCUACUCAGGAAAUGUGGCCACUAAAAACUCUGAAGACAAUGAGUUGUAGCAUCCUCGGCCAUGUGCCAAGGAGCCUACUUUACCUUAGUCGUCUCCUGCUAAUUGAGAAAGGAGUCACGGAGAACUGGCUGCUAUGACGGUGCCCCCGAAUCAAAUACCCUUCCGCUUAACAAUACAGCAGCCCCUCCCAGACACCGGGAAUGGUUCAUAUCCUUUCAAAGGAAGCUCUAUUACGUGAUGAUAUGGAACCUCACUAUGAAGAAUGUAUUGGUUCACUCCCAUUUGGAAGCUUGUGCAUAAAGAGUGGCCUAACUUCAUUACUUAAUCUAAGCCUGCUUUAUCUCAUUGCUUACAUUCUGAUGUUAAAAUUCCCCCAUAUGUAUGGCAGUUGCUCUUCAGGGCGACCAUGCAUCAUAAAGCCAGUUUUACCCCCUCUGAAAUGAAGAUAUUUAAGGAAAUCUUAUCCUCUGCGAUAUAUAUAUAUUUUUUAACUCACAAAAAAUAAUGCAGUUUGAUAUGUCAUACCACCAAAGGUCAACAAUGGUUUCAUAGACCAGGUUGCAGAUGUGUUGAACGUAACCUCGAGUUCAUGAACAAAAUCUGGUUCAAAGAGAAUCAAUGGGCUUUCACUAAGUUUAGCUCUAGUCAUUGGCCUUGGACAAGUCUUAAUUGUGUAAAUAUCAGGUAAAUCUAAAAAGGUUGGUUUUAUAAGGAGACCAUGGAAUUGAUGCAGUAUACUUAUUUUGUAAAGUGUGCUAGUUCUUUGAGGGAUCAAGGACUCUGGCUCAUGAUCCAGCUUCUGAAUAUUUAUUUGCACUUAAAGCCUAUUUGUAUUGUCUUGGAGUUCUACUGUAGAUAAGCCAAUUAAAUAUGUAUUAAAACAAAUAUGUAAAUACAUUUUGUUUUAAUGAGAAGUUAAAUAGGGAAAAUACAGUGAGGGGGAAAAAAGUAUUUGAUCCCCUGCUGAUUUUGUACGUUUGCCCACUGACAAAGAC